AUUCUGCGAAAGAACACGGAACAAGGUGGAUGUUAAGAAAUUUCGUCGUGUAGCCGAGCCUUUGAAGCGCGGACUUGGAGGCGACGCGACAUAAACGACAGAACAUCUCGGACGAGGCCAGGUCGUCGAUUACUCUGAAAGAUGGCGGAGUAUCUCGACUCCGAGGCCGACGUGAGCGAGGGUGAAGAGGAGUUGGACCAGAACGAGAAGAAAAAGCUGAGGAAACUCAAGGCGGUGGAGGAGAGCGACGACGAGGAGGAAGACGAUGAGGAUCAAUUGCGUGAGGAACUGAAAGAUUUGAUAGAUGACAAUCCUAUAGAGGAGAGCGAGGGUGAAGACAGUGACGGUUCUGAUCAUCACAAGAAACGUAAGAAGAGUGAUGAUGAGGAUUUUGACGAUCGCUUGGAAGAUGAAGAUUAUGAUUUGAUUGAAGAAAAUUUAGGUGUUAAGCUUGAUAGAAAACGUUUUAAACGUCUUCGAAGAAUUCAAGAUGAGGAGUCAGAGGAGGAACAAGAAAAAGAAGCGGACGAAGAGAGGGAUGCCAUUGCCAACGAAUUGUUUGAAGGUUCCGGAGAUGAAAGGGAUAUUAUUACGGAGGACGAAAGACGGAGUGAACGAAGUCAUAGGCCGGAGCCGGAAACAUUUGAGGAAGGUAGUGACGAAGGAGAAUACACUGAUGCGGAUGAUUUUAUUGUUGACGAUGAUGGUAGACCUAUCGCGGAGAAAAGAAAGAAGAAGAAGCCAAUAUUUUCCGAUGCGGCGCUGCAAGAAGCACAGGACAUUUUUGGUGUUGAUUUCGAUUAUGACGAGUUUGGCAAAUAUGGUGAGGAAGAUUAUGAGGAAGAGGAGGAGGAAGAAGAGGAAGAUGAAUACAUGGACGAAGAUGUUGAUACUGAACGACCACGACGACCAAAGAAGCAGCUGAAGAAAAAGACUACAAGAAAGAGUAUCUUUGAGAUUUACGAGCCCAGUGAAUUGAAACGCGGUCACUUCACCGAUAUGGAUAACGAGAUACGUAAUACGGAUAUACCAGAAAGAAUGCAACUUCGGUCCGUGCCGGUCACCCCAGUUCCAGAAGGUUCUGAUGAACUGGACCUCGAAGCAGAAUGGAUCUACAAACAGGCAUUUUGCAAACCUACAAUAUCUAUUCAGGAUGCCCACUUGAAUGCUGAGGCUAAGGAACGAGCACGAAAAGGACCACAGACCAUCGGCAAGAUCAAGAAAGCCUUAGACUUCAUGCGUAAUCAACACUUUGAAGUCCCUUUUAUAUCUUUCUAUAGGAAGGAGUACGUACUGCCCGAGCUAAACAUUAAUGAUCUAUGGAAGGUUUACAAGUUUGAUGCGAAAUGGUGUCAACUGCGCCAGCGGAAAGAGAACCUGCUCAAGCUGUUCGAGAAGAUGCGUAACUAUCAACUGGAGGACAUCAUGAAAAAUCCAGACGCGCCGUUGCCGGAUAAUGUGCGGGUGAUUAAGGACGACGACAUUGAGCGACUGAAGAACGUGCAGACAAGUGAAGAACUUAACGACGUCUACAAUCACUUCAUGCUGUAUUACAGUCACGAGAUCCCAGCAAUGCAGGAAGCCGCGCGACAGAAGGAGAGGCAGGCACGACGCGAAGAAAGGAUCCAACGACGUAAACAGCAAAUUGCCGAAGCGGAAGAAAACGGAGAGGAUCCGCCAGAGGAGGAAGAGAUGCCGGAGGAGGAAGAAAUCGAUGAGACGCUGAAGCAAGCUGUUAGAAGCGGUCCAUACUCGAUCUGUCGGAAGGCUGGUCUGGACGGUCUGGCGAAGAAGUUUGGUCUAACACCAGAACACUAUGCCGAGAAUCUUCGCGAUAAUUAUCAGCGUCACGAGGUGGAUCAAGAGCCGACCGAGCCGACGACAAUUGCUGCCGAAUACUGUAGUUCACGAUUUAAGACCACUGAAGAAGUGCUGAAAGCCGCUCAGCUGAUGGUGGCGAUUCAGUUGGCGCGCGAGCCACUCGUGCGCAAGUGCGUGCGCGAGAUGUACAUGGAACGCGCUAAGAUAUCUAUAAAACCGACAAAGAAAGGCAUCAAGGAGAUCGACGAAAACCAUCCGAUCUACACAAUGAAAUACUUGAAGGACAAGCCAGUGCGCGAUCUUGUAGGCGUUCAGUUCUUGAAUCUGAUGAUCGCCGAGGAGGACAAACUCAUCACAAUCACCCUUAGUGACUCCAUUGAGGGUAACACCAGUAGCAACUACGUCGAUGAAAUGAAGCAGCUCUAUUGUCGGGACGAGUUCAGUAAACUCGUGCAAGAUUGGAACGCCCUGCGCGUAGGUAGCGUCGAGAUCGCGCUCAACCGCAUGGUGAUACCGCAUCUGAAGAAGGAGCUGCGCACAAAUCUUAUCGCCGAAGCGAAAGAAUGCGUAAUGCGCGCCUGCUGCCGCAAGAUGUACAACUGGAUCAAGGUCGCACCAUACAGCUGCGAGUUUCCCGAGGAGGAGGAUGAAGAAUGGGACACCAGCAAAGGUCUGCGCGUCAUGGGCCUGGCCUACGUACCCGACUAUUCGCAGGCGGCUUUCACUUGUCUAGUCGCGGCCGAUGGCGAGUGUACCGAUUAUCUGCGCUUGCCGCAUCUGAUGAAGCGUAAGAACAGCUACCGCGAAGACGAGAAGACGAUGAAGGAGGCCGAUCUAUUGGCUCUGAGAAACUUCAUAGCUACAAAGAAGCCGCAUGUGGUCGUGGUGGCCGGCGAGUCUCGGGAGGCGAUGAUGAUUGCCGCCGACAUCAAGGAGUGUAUCACUCAUCUGUCGGAAGAGGAGCAGUUUCCCAAUAUCCAAGUGGAAAUAUGCGAAAACGAACUUGCCAAAAUCUAUUCCAAUAGUAACAAGGGUAUCUCGGAAUUCCGGGAUUAUCCAGAAUUAUUACGUCAGGCUAUCUCAUUGGCAAGAAGGAUGCAGGAUCCACUGGUGGAGUUCUCACAGUUGUGCACGGCUGAUGAGGAGAUUCUCUGCCUCAAGUAUCACAAUUUGCAGGAUCAGUUGCCUAAGGAAGAGCUGUUGGAAAAUCUGUAUCUGGAGUUCGUCAAUCGCGUGAACGAGGUUGGCGUAGAUGUGAAUAAGGCGGUACAACAGGCAUACUGUGGCAACCUUGUUCAAUUUGUUUGCGGUCUCGGCCCGCGAAAGGGCCAGGCAUUGAUUAAGAUGCUGAAGCAAACUAAUCAGCGGUUGGAGAACAGGACACAAUUAGUUACCGCAUGCCACAUGGGGCCAAAGGUAUUUAUUAAUUGCGCUGGCUUUAUAAAAAUCGACACCAAUAGUUUGGGCGAUAGUACCGAGGCAUACGUGGAGGUGCUCGACGGUUCCCGCGUACAUCCGGAGACUUAUGAGUGGGCCAGGAAGAUGGCAGUUGACGCUCUAGAGUACGACGACGAGGAUGCCAAUCCUGCCGGCGCUUUGGAGGAGAUACUCGAGUCGCCGGAGCGCCUUAAGGAUCUAGAUCUCGAUGCUUUCGCAGAAGAACUCGAGCGGCAAGGCUUCGGUAACAAAUGCGUCACUCUCUACGACAUUAGAGCCGAAUUGAACAGUCGGUACAAGGAUCUUCGAGUGCCAUAUCAAUCGCAGAGCGCUGAAAAACUGUUCGAUAUUCUGACGAAAGAGACACCUGAAACCUUCUACGUCGGCAAACUAGUGCUGGCUACCGUAGUUGGCAUCAGUCAUCGAAAGCCACAGGGCGAUCAACUUGAUCAGGCGAAUCCUGUGCGAAACGAAGAGACCGGUCUGUGGCAGUGUCCGUUUUGUUUGAAGAACGAUUUUCCCGAACUGUCGGAGGUGUGGAAUCACUUUGACGCUGGGUCUUGUCCGGGAAAAGCCACAGGCGUAAGAUUGCGUCUGGACAAUGGCAUCUCCGGUUAUAUCCACAUCAAGAAUCUAUCGGACCGGCAUGUUGCGAAUCCCUGCGAGAGAGUCGGAAUGGGACAGAUUAUUCAUUGCCGGAUUAUUAAAAUCGAGGUAGAUCGAUUCAGCGUCGAAUGUACCAGCAAGAGCAGCGAUCUUGCUGACAAAAAUCACGAAUGGAGGCCACAAAGGGAUCCAUUUUAUGACACCGAGGCCGAACAAAGGGACAUAAAGGUGGAAGAAGAUGCGAAGAAGGCGAAACAGCGGCAAAUCUACGUAAAACGUGUGAUUGUUCAUCCGUCCUUCCACAAUAUCAGUUUCGCCGAGACUGUGAAAUUAAUGCAAACAAUGAAGCAAGGCGAAGCGAUAGUGAGACCAAGCAGCAAAGGCGCUGAUCACCUAACAGUCACAUGGAAAGUCACUGAUGAUAUUCUGCAGCACAUCGACGUUCGCGAGGAAGGCAAAGAGAACGCUUUUUCAUUAGGGCAAAGUCUGUGGAUCGGCAACGAGGAGUUCGAGGAUUUGGACGAGAUUAUCGCUCGACAUGUAAAUCCCAUGGCCGCUUAUGCUUCUGAAUUACUGGAUUUCAAGUACUACAAGCCUACCGUAGAAGGAAUCAAAGACAAAGCCGAAGACAUACUGAAAGAACAGAAGAAGGAAAAUCCUGGUGGAAUUCCUUAUAUCAUAUCAGCAGCUAAGACUUAUCCUGGAAAGUUUCUACUCUCAUAUUUGCCGCGCACUCGUUGCCGCCACGAAUAUGUCACAGUGACAUCCGAGGGCUUUAGAUUUCGGGCACAGAUGUUCGGUAGGGUGAGCGACCUAUUACGCUGGUUCAAAGAACACUUUAGGGAUCCUGUCCCUGGACAAGCUACUCCUAGUACACCACGCGGUGCGAUGACGUCUAGAACACCUUAUACCACUACGCCGGGAACAGUCAGCGGAAUGAAUCAAGAAGCAAUACAGCGAGUUGCACAAAAUCUUCCACAUCAUAUGCUACAUUCAUUGUCGCAAGUGGCGAAUCAAACGCCACAUCACUAUCCGCCACACACGCCGGGAGCGGCUAGCGCUACCGGUUAUGGCGGAGUGCACACGUAUCCCAAUACACCGUAUACGCCAUCUGGUCAAACUCCUUUUAUGACUCCAUACCAGACACCUCAUCACACACCGCAUCACGGCCAGCCCACUCCCAGAUACGGCCAACAAACUCCCAGCCAUCAUCAAGGGCCCUUCGUGCAUCCACCGCCGCCUUCAAUGACACCCGGCCAUCACCGAUCUGUUCAAUCGCACAGACCUACACCACCCCUGUCCACUCCUUCUGGUGAUCCGACGGAUUGGAAAAAGGCUGCCGAAGCGUGGGCACGUUUAAAAACUGGUCCUCGAGUCUCUGGAUCAACGCCUAGAUACGACGAGUCUAGAAAAACUCCGCGUAACUAUGACGAGCCAGCCGGAAGAACGACGCCCUCCGGAAGGAGCAGACCCUCCUCUACGCGUACUCCAUCGUAUAAAUCUCCGCGGGGCACUCCACAUACAAAUUCUAGUCCACGGAGUAUGUCUCUCAGCGGAGAUGGUACUCCUCUAUACGAUGAGAGCUAACGGGAUUGUGCAUAGCUAACUAUAUUUAUUAGUUAUGUCAUAUCAUGCUAUGAAUAGUGUAUGUAUGCCAUCGACGACGGACAAAAUCUGCUCGUGAUACCGUCGAUCGCUCGCGUCAAAUCGAUCAUUGAUCGUUGCAGACACGCAACACGCGUAGUGAAUUCUUACAUUUUUUUGCACGCGAGGUUUCGUUUGCGAUUGAAAAAAGGAAACAUCGAUUGUGCUAUUGUAAAACUACGGUGUGUUGUACUGUAAUUUAUUUAUUUUGUAACUUUGCAAUUUCUUCCUAUGUACAUAAUAAAAUCUAUGGAAAUUUUACGAGGCCUCACGAACACACUCUAUAAUCUUCUUGAUUCAUCUUCCCGUACACUGAUGGCGAUCAAUAACAAGUAAUUUACUAAAAUUAUAUAUAAUUUUUGAAAGGUUUUCAUUUAUGAAUUAUAACAGACAUUAAAUGAAAGACUAAAGUAAAGACAUUUAGAAUAUUUUGUACUUGCAAUUAGAAUAUUUUUGUGUGGAUAUGUUACUGAUACUGGGUAGCAUUAUUAUAACUGAAGUAUUGUUUAUUAUAUUUUACAUUUUUCAUUGGUGCUGUUAUAAUCUUGCAAUAUAGGGAAUUGAUUUAAUUAAUUGUAUCAGCAGCUCUUUUAGAUGCGAGUGCUACACAGACUUGUUUACAGACUUCUAUGCAUAAAUACCUAGACUGCGAUCUUUGAAAAAUUAAAGUAAAUCAAAUAAUUUUAAGACAAAUGGUACAACCAUUUUUAAUGAAUUUAAAAUGAUUAAAUUAUUAAUAAUAUUUAAUAGAACAAUGCAUGUGAAAAUUCACGAAAUGAUCAAAAAACUUGUCUCAGAUUAAUUUCAUUUUAAUACGUUAGCAAUCUAGGUAUUCUAUAGAAAUCUAUGCAUUAUAUGUACUCAAAUAGUCUAUAUGGAAAUAUCUGUAGAAUAUUUACAUUGUUCAAACGUAUUGUCGCGUUUACUUAAAUUCGUUAAAUAGCUUAUAUUUUAUUAAUAUUUUACCGUAUUUAAAUUUUCUUGUAUAAAAAAAAAA